CACUUGGCAACCUAACCCUUCUGAAGAAAGUCAACAUGAGAACGCUCGUUCGUUAGUCUAUGGCACAAUGCUCCUCAAUGCAGAUGGCGGCUUUUCACAUCAACGACAAGGCGAAUGGCUGCCAAAGCUUGGCACUCGCUCUGAGGGUAGAUGACCAUUCAUCAGGCCAGCUGGCGGAAGUCUUUCGCAGGGCAGUCCUCCUUGCCCAGGACUUCGGGCCUUGCGAAUCCUGGGAGGCGAAGGAGGCCACCUCGAGGUUUCCAGAGCUCACCUUCCCGGAGCCGUGGUCGAGUUCGCACUGGAGCCUUGCAGCUGUCCGCGGGCGCUUUUUUGGCCUGGGCUUCGGGUCCAACCGCAAAAUCCGCAAUCAGCUCAUGCAUCUAGCAGCAGCGCUUCACGCAGCUGCUGCUAUUUUUACCAGGCCGAGCUGGGAUGGCCUCUUACAGCAGCUUGCCGCAGAGGCAGCGGAGCUUGUCCGAGCGGAGCAAGCACAGAGGGGAGCUGCUCCGGAGACAUCAGGCGGGCCCAGUGCUUCAGAGCCUGCCCACAGCUCUGCAACUUUGCAGCAGGAGCCGACUUUGCCUGAGCGUUUUGGGUCUCCGGAGCCUGCACCGACGCCUUUGACUCUCAUCAAGACUCGGGAGGGCAAGAGUGACGGUGAAUUGGCACUGCGUGUGAUGGUAUCACGCGCCAGCAAGGACCGUACUGUGGGAUCCGCGAGCCCAGGCCAAACUGUGCUGCUUUUUGAUCACGUACGUGGGCCUGCCUUGAUGAGAAGGCUGAAGAUUGAGCAAGGGUGCAUUUUGCGAUCCAAACUACGGUUUGGUUUCUGAUGAUGGCUUUUAGGGCUCAGACGCAAA